UCUCAACUUUCCACUAUGCAUAUUUCAAAUACCUUCUCUUCUUCCAUUAUCUUUCUCUCAUUCUUUUGCAACAGACUGAAAAAAUGAGAGGGGCUAUCUUUCUGUCGGUGCUACUGAUUGCCACCUGCCAAUUUUCCUUAUCCAUCAGAGACGGAUUAGUUAAAAAUGGCAACUUCGAGCUCGGCCCCAAGUCAUCGGACAUGAAUGGCACACAGGUGAUAAAUCCUAACGCCAUACCAGAGUGGCAGCUUUCUGGGUUCGUAGAGUACAUAAAAUCAGGGCAAAAGCAAGGGGACAUGUUGCUGGUAGUUCCAGAGGGAGCCUAUGCAGUUAGGCUUGGAAACGAAGCAUCGAUUAAACAGAGAUUAAGAGUUAUAAAGGGCAUGUACUAUUCAAUCACGUUUAGUGCUGCAAGAACUUGUGCACAGGAGGAGAAAUUGAACGUCUCUGUUUCCCCUGAUUGGGGUGUUCUGCCAAUGCAAACUAUGUACAGCAGCAAUGGAUGGGACUCAUAUGCCUGGGCUUUUCAAGCCGAGUACCCAGAGGUGGAUCUUGUCAUCCAUAAUCCAGGAGUGGAAGAAGAUCCUGCUUGUGGUCCUCUAAUUGAUUCAGUCGCCAUUAGAGCUCUGUUUCCUCCCAGACCAACUAAUAAGAACAUCCUGAAAAAUGGAGGCUUUGAAGAAGGUCCAUACGUGCUUCCCAACACAUCCUGGGGUGUUUUAGUCCCACCAAACAUUGAAGAUGAUCACUCUCCUCUUCCAGGGUGGAUGGUGGAAUCUCUCAAAGCAGUAAAAUACAUAGACUCGGACCAUUUCUCUGUCCCACAAGGGAGACGAGCUAUAGAACUCGUUGCAGGGAAAGAAAGCGCCAUCACCCAAGUAGCCAGAACAAUCACUGGCAAAACUUACACUCUCUCUUUCGCAGUUGGCGAUGCCAGUAACUCCUGCGAAGGGUCAAUGAUAGUGGAGGCUUUUGCCGGCAAGGAAACUCUCAAAGUUCCUUACGAAUCAAAGGGCAAAGGUGGAUUCAAACGUGCUGUGCUUAGAUUUGUUGCUGCUUCAAAUAGAACUCGGCUAAUGUUCUAUAGCACAUUUUACACCAUGAGGAGUGAUGACUUCUCCUCUCUUUGUGGACCUGUUAUCGACGAUGUGAAGCUGUUAAGCGCUCGUAAUCCACGACGAAUGAUGUGAUCAGAGAGUGAUGAGAGCCACAGUUUGCAGUUAUACUAAGAAUUUAUACUUCUGCUAUAUUAAGAGAUCCCAGUAAGGGGUAUGGUUUCUGUGUGAGCUUUUACCAAGGAUAUAUUAUAUAUAUAAGCCCAAAAAUAAGGAUUAAUAUUAAUGUCAGGAUAGAUUAUAACUAUAAAUUGUGAUUUCAUGAAGUGGCAAUGUGUUUUAGUGGAAUAAAUUUUACUAAUUUUUCUUCAA